UUGUUUUACUCAUCCGAAUAGGCUGGUAGUCCUGAGCUAGAACCCAAUCCCUCUAGACCAAAUACUUGCAACAUGGCGUUCUUAGUUAGACCUCAGUUGUGAUCAUUCGAUUCACAACAUUUCAGCAUCUGUUCCAUGUAGUUGCGAUAACAUAUUACAGGUAGAUGCAGUUAAAAGUCUGAGCCAUGACGGAAGACUCAAAAUUUUCCAUUGUUUCGCCGAAGUCGGUGAAAUUGUACGCGGAAAUUUUCGGCGUUCAGACUUUGACAGACGAUCUUGCCAGUUCCUUGGCUGAAGAUGUGACCUACAGACUUCGCGAAACGCUGCAGAGUGCCUCACAGUUUAUGAAGCAUGCUAAGCGGAGAAGGCUCUCAAGCGAAGACUUCAACAAAGCAUUACCAAUUUAUGGUUAUGGAUCUAUGGAUGACGUGUUGUUUCGAAGCGCACCAACUAAGGAUGGGGACAUUUUCUUUGUUGAAGAUAAGGAGAUAAGCCUACGAGAGCUGGCAAUGAAUGUGGUUAUACCCACUGACCCUGGACAAAGAAGUGUUAAAGCAAAUUGGUUGUCUGCUGAGGGCACACUGCCUGCUGGAAGUCAUGCUCAGCCAAAUGUUGGACGAGUUAACAAUGAUGGAGGCAGUAUCCAGCGUCCCCUCUCUCAGGCAUGUUUAAGUUACUAUGAGCAAGUAACGAAAGCAAUUUUGGGUGAUGAUGAACAAUGCAACAGAGUGGCUCUGAGUGAUCUGAAAACAAAUCCAAAGAUUUAUUCUUUACUGGCAUACUUUGUGAACUUUAUUGCAUCCGGGGUGAAGACCUAUAGCCAUGACUUGACACAACUAAGUAAGCUGUUGAGUAUGGUCAGAUCACUGAUUGACAACUCAUCACUGUUCCUUGAGCCUUAUGUUAUUCAGCUGGUGACAGCAGUCAUGUAUUGUCUGCUAGAGUCUUUGGCUGCAUCUCUGAACCCCAAAAAUGACCACUGGAGAUUGAGGGAUGAAGCAGCUUCCAUUUUGGCUCGCAUUAGCAGAAAAUGCAGUAAUCCAGUGAAUUAUUUGAGACAGCAGCUUUUAAUGACACUACAGGAAGUGUUAUUGGAUGACGGGCGGCCAUUUUGUUCCCAUUAUGGUGCUGUAGUUGGAUUGACCGAGCUGGGACCAGAGGCCUUAGAGCAGUAUGUGAUACCACACCUCCGAACCUAUUGGACACAGCUUCAGCAAGUGUUAGACGACAACAGCCAAUCAAAUGCACUGCUGCAAGAAGAAGCUUACCAAGUUUAUGGCGCUCUUUUGGUAUGCUAG